AUGAGAAUUCGGCGAUUCAAAGGAAAUGUCAUCCAUCUUCCGAAAUGUGCCAAUUCAUUCCCACUGACCUCAGGCAAGUUGGCACCUGAAGUCGGACCGGAGCGAGAUCCGGCGACCGUCGGACCGCCCCUUCCGCUCAGGCUCCGCCCAUAGAAAUCCGCAUAAAUAGCAGCCUCCGAAGGAGUCCGCAACCGUUCUCUGAACCUCAAGUCAGUCAUGAACCCUGCUCCAGCUCUUUCCGGAUCUGCUCCAGCUGCUGCUGAUUCUCUCAAGACUCCUGUUCGACCGGAGUUCCGUCUUGCCGAAGCUACUCGCACUUCGACGGCGCCUAUUCGAAAGCGAUCUCGCAAUUCUAUGGGUUCGUUUAUUCUCUUCCCGUUCUUUGAUUAACCUGAUUGAUUUGCAGGUGAAGAAGCCAGGAACCUUCCUUGUCCAGUUCUCGACUUCAACAUCUGCGAUUCUCCACAGAAGAAGGCCGCGAAGGCCGAAGACGUGGUUCUGGUCGUCGUCGAGCAGCCGGCUCCAAUCGUCGUCGAGCAGCCAGCUCCAGUCAUCGUCGAGCAGCCAGCUCCAGUCGUCGUCGAGCAGCUCGUUCCGGACGUCGUCGAACAACUGGCUCCAGAGGUCGUCGAGCAGCCGACGUCUCCAGCCAGAAGCUGCAUUCGUCCAGCGGGAUUGAGACGACUCUCGUGGGCUCCAGUCAGGACGCCAGUUCGGUUCUCGAAGAAGAGUAAGUUUCCCCUCUGACGUCUUCUGAUUCUAAUCAAUUUCUUCUUCCAGAUGACGUCGUCCACCGUCGCCUGAGCCUCUGA